AGUAUUCAUUAUAAUAUGAUCCACCUCUCUCCUCCUCUAGUGUUUAUAAGCAUGGUGAUAAUGCUUGCACAAAGCUGAGAAAACACACCAAGGAAAAAAAAAAGAAAGGAAAAAUAAAAAACAGCAAGAAAAGCAAAAACCCACCAAAGAUCAAGAUGACUGGUUCUGGUUCUCCUUGUGGAGCUUGCAAGUUCUUGAGAAGGAAAUGUGUGAGGGGUUGUGUUUUUGCACCUUAUUUCUGCCAUGAACAAGGUGCUACACAUUUUGCAGCCAUUCACAAGGUUUUUGGUGCAAGCAAUGCGUCAAAGUUGCUUGCUCACCUCCCCGUGAGUGAUCGAUGUGAAGCUGCAGUUACAAUUUCUUAUGAAGCUCAAGCUAGGCUUCAAGAUCCCAUCUAUGGCUGUGUUUCACACAUUUUUGCUCUCCAACAGCAGGUCAUGACUCUACAGGCACAACUUGCUUCUAUCAAAGAACAAGCGGCUCAAAGUUUGCUCAAUGGCUCUGCCACAGCAAACCCUAAUGAAAAGUACCAUGGAAAACCAGCUUAUCUUCAUCAAGAUCUUCAAAGCAGCUGGUUUCAGUCAGAGAAUUCAAACGUGGUGCCACAAUUCAAUCAAAGCCUCACUACUGCAAAGACAGCAUAUGGAGAAAAUGGGUUCAUGGAUCCAUACUCCAUGGGAAAUUAUGGAAAUUCUUCAACAAGUACUUCAUUCGAUAGCUUUGAAGAGGCUUCUCAUUCCGUUUCUUCCCUUGAAAUGCAAACAGCUGACAACAGGCAAUGGACCUAUCAAGAUUCCGAUGAUCUUCGGUCGGUGGCGUUUGGGUAUAUGCAGCGCUUAUGAAGGAAGAGAAAGAGAAAGAGAGAGAGGCGUUGUGCGGGAUUAUAUAUAACCGGUGAAGGCAGAUCACUUACUGUCAAUUUUUGAAUUGCUGCUGCAUACUUUGAAACAUGCACUUUUGUUGCUAUAAAUAAAAAAGCUAGGAACCCUAGAAAUGUUCAGGCAAAUCAGAAACCCUAAUUGACUCUCCCCAACCACCCCCUAUUAUCCUUUUCUCUAAUCUAGUGCAAUCUUGAAUUCUUGUAGAAUAUUAGUACUAUUUUCUGAGAAAAUAUAGUUCUUAUAAUUUUUAGUUAAUUCCCUUUCUUUAUGGGCCUAAUACCUAAAUUUUUUACCUAAUAAAGACAGUUGCCUA